CAUUUUCCCCUCUCCACCCCCUCCCAUCGGCCCUUGCCCCCCAUCCUCUACGCUGCCAGUUUGUUAAAUUAAUGCAGUAAGAAAGUCUGAAGAUCUGAGGGAGUCUGGCCAAAAGAUGGGCGAGCUCAGAAACACGACAUGCCUCUGAAAGCCUGGGCUCCUGAGCCCCAUUGGGAAGCCAUGGGCCCCAGCAGCCCCUGAAAGUUGUGGUGGGCUCUACUGCGCCUACAGCCCCAAGCAAUGGGACACCUUUCCUGCAGCAACCCCAACUUAUUCGGCGGGGACCAGAGAACGCAGACCGCAAGGCGACAGCAGACUGGAACGGAGGCAGAGGAACGAGAUUCCGGGACUGGGUUGCGAUGCGCCAGCCUGGCACACUCUCCAUCAUCUAACUGAAGCCAGCACCGUCACCUGCUCCACAACCUUCCCCCACCCCCCAACACACACACACACACACACACACACACAACCCCUAAAACCCCUCGGUCCAGCCCAGGGCCAGAAAGGAGGCGCCAGCCGGGUCUAAGGGUCUGAAGCCAGGGCUCUAAUCCCAACGGAUUUCUUGAUUGCUUGAAGCUGAUCUCUCAACAUAAAAACAAGGAUUAAAAAAAAGAGAAAGAAAGAAAAGAAAAAGAAGAAUAUACCCACCCCCAAGAGUGCCUCCCAGCGCCGCAGGGAGCCUCCAGCGAGUUGAGCAUCAGCAGCGCUCUUCCCGCCCGCAGCCUGACUGGACGCUCUCCGUGGUGCUGAACCUGCACGGCCGCCGCUUUCCGCGGUACCCAAGCAGCCUGGCUGCAAUUCUCCCCCUGCUUUGCCACCUUGUCCCUCCAAUCCCCCGCUCCCUCAAACAUCUGGAUUAUUUUCCCCAGUGACGCUCUCUGGAUUUGUAGGUGCCCAUCGGAAACAUUUUGCACCCCAUAACUCGUGGACUUUACAGCACAAGAAUCUGGAAAAUGUACAGCUUCAACACUCUGCGAUUCUACCUUUGGGAGACCAUUGUAUUCUUCAGCCUUGCUGCUUCCAAGGAGGCUGAAGCUGCCCGCUCUGCACCCAAGCCUAUGUCACCCUCGGACUUCCUGGAUAAGCUCAUGGGGAGGACUUCUGGGUAUGAUGCCAGGAUCAGGCCCAACUUUAAAGGUCCCCCUGUGAACGUGAGUUGCAACAUCUUCAUCAACAGCUUCGGCUCCAUUGCUGAGACAACCAUGGACUACAGGGUCAACAUCUUCCUGAGGCAGCAGUGGAAUGACCCCCGUCUGGCCUACAAUGAAUACCCUGAUGACUCCCUGGACCUGGACCCAUCCAUGUUGGAUUCUAUCUGGAAGCCUGACCUGUUCUUCGCCAAUGAGAAGGGAGCCCACUUCCAUGAGAUCACCACUGACAACAAACUGCUGAGAAUCUCCCGGAACGGCAAUGUCCUCUACAGCAUCAGAAUCACCCUGACGCUGGCCUGCCCAAUGGACCUGAAGAAUUUUCCAAUGGAUGUACAGACAUGCAUCAUGCAACUGGAAAGCUUUGGAUACACCAUGAAUGACCUCAUCUUUGAGUGGCAGGAGCAGGGAGCUGUGCAGGUGGCAGAUGGACUGACCCUGCCUCAGUUUAUCCUGAAAGAAGAGAAGGACCUGAGAUACUGCACCAAGCAUUACAACACAGGUAAAUUCACCUGCAUCGAGGCCCGAUUCCACCUGGAGCGACAGAUGGGCUACUACCUGAUCCAGAUGUACAUUCCCAGCUUGCUCAUCGUCAUCCUGUCCUGGAUCUCCUUCUGGAUCAACAUGGAUGCUGCACCAGCUCGUGUGGGACUGGGCAUCACCACUGUGCUCACCAUGACCACACAGAGCUCUGGCUCCCGAGCCUCCCUACCCAAGGUGUCCUAUGUGAAAGCUAUUGACAUUUGGAUGGCCGUUUGUCUGCUCUUCGUGUUCUCCGCCCUGCUGGAAUACGCGGCCGUGAACUUCGUGUCUCGACAGCACAAGGAACUGCUGCGAUUUAGGAGGAAGCGGCGACAUCACAAGAGCCCCAUGCUGAAUCUGUUUCAGGAUGAUGAGGGCGGAGAAGGCCGCUUCAACUUCUCUGCCUAUGGGAUGGGCCCAGCCUGUCUGCAGGCCAAGGAUGGCAUCUCUGUCAAGGGUGCCAACAACAACAAUACCACCAACCCCGCUCCUGCACCAUCCAAGUCCCCAGAGGAGAUGCGGAAACUCUUCAUCCAGAGAGCCAAGAAGAUUGACAAGAUAUCACGCAUCGGUUUCCCCAUGGCCUUUCUAAUCUUCAACAUGUUCUACUGGAUCAUCUACAAGAUCGUGCGGAGAGAGGACGUCCACAACAAGUGAAGGCUCAGGGGUGGGGUGGGGGGUUGGGAGAGGGUGGUGGGAGGAGCACAGAGGCUGGGAGUCAGGUGAGGAGGGAGAAAGGGAGAGCGCACACCCAUCUCCCUCCACCAAGUGCAAUAGGAACCACAGGGGUGGAUACUUCCAGGGUAUGGCAAUAUUCAUCUAGCCCCCAAGGGCAUGAAGUGGUGGGGGGCCUUUUCGAAUACAGCAACUGAGGACCAUGAGGGAUGGGGUGGGGCCAGGGAGGGGGAUUGGGGAAAUCACAGCUUUCAAAAUUCAAGUCCAUUGGUUUGAUUGGGGGGGUCUCCUGUUUGGAGGUCAGUGCCACCUGCCCCAGAGCAGGAAAGCAGUGUAAUAUAUGACAUAUAACCAUGCUUCCCAUUAAUGCAAAACCCACGAGAACAAAAGAUGCGUCUCUUAAAUCAGCCUAGUAACUGCUUAAACUUUUAAAGUCCCCUAUGUGAUGGACAACUUUUCCCAGAGUAGAAAUGGUCACUAAUAAGCUCGCUAUGGUAUGUGCCCACAUCACACCCUUACAAAUGCCACGUCUAUCUUCGAACUGACCCCCGUCGACACAUGCCAAAAAGCCGUUCCGCCUCUGCUUCGAGAGGGUCACGAGACGCGGGUGUGGGCCGUGGAGAUGGAUAAAGGUGGACCACACCAGGAAGUGACUGAGGAGAAUGACUAUUUGCAGAAGCCUGAGGACGGAGAAUCCAGGAACCCCCACAGGGCGCCAAGCUUGCUCCUCUUGCUUCUGCGCUUCAGUGCCAGCCAAACUCAGCGCCAGCUCUAUGGCCGUCAUGGUCUUCUCGUUGUAUUACCAAUAUGCAAUCUUUUUUAUUGUUUAGAAAAGUAAUAAUCUCAAGAAAUAUUAUGGGGAGAGACUGAGUGCAAACCCAUGAACUGUUUUCCAAAUGUCUAUUUUUUUGGAGAGUCUCUUUGGAGCUGCAAGUAGGUGCAUUAUGGGAAGGCGGGCCUGGCUGAAACAGGUCCCAAAAGCCAGGUAGGAAUCCAGUUUGAAGAUGUGAAAGGGAAGUCGCCAAUGCUGCUGUUGCACAUUCUAUAUGAGGGUGGGAAGAGACAGUGAUAUUUAGAAAAUCCACUCAUUAUAUUUUGACAUUUCAUAUAUCAUAACAUGGAAAGUUUGGGGGGCAUGACCCCAUUAUAUUUUUGUAAGUCUUUUUUUUUUACGAUGCUUUGCACAGCUUUAACAUGUAGGAAAGUUAGACAAAUUUUUCUCUUUCCUUCUAAUUCUGAAGUGCCAGAAUGAUCCCAGACUGCCAGGGCACUCCAAGGAAAGCGACAGGGACUGCAAUGAGCUGAGUUGGAAGAGCAAGCCCUGCUGACAGAUAGGGAUAUGCACAGAACCACAGCAUGAAGCCUGUCCCAGCAGUCCUGCAUCCCAUGGACAGGACACAGGAGUGGCACUUCUGUCCUAGAACUUCACUGUAGGAUGGGAAUCCAUCACUGACAAUCAUUUGGGAGCUUUGUUUGUAUCCUUGUACCGAGCUAGGGAGCUCAGGGGCAGGAUGGAGGAAUGGGAUGAAGAGAUGAUACAUACCUGUCUCUUGCCAUGCACUUUCCUGGAGACUUUUCCUCCCUGCCCUGUGGCAUGGAAGCUAAAGCCUAGAUGAGUCUAAAAUAGAUGAAGCCAAGACAAAGACCAAGAGCUCUGAGUAAAGAAGAUGUUCUAUGCAGCCAGCAGGAUGAGGCUGAGCUGCUGGUAGACUGCCCUGUCCAAGGUCAGCCAGCCUGUGCCUUCCCUCCUCUUGGACUGUACAAUCUAAAAAGACAAUCCACAUUUCGGCUAUAGGUGAGGGGGCACAGGACCUUUGUUUACGGGAAAUCUUGGGCAACAGGUGUCCCAUAAGUGGGUGACUAUCACCUGACAUUUGUCUUUACCCACCAUAAAAAUGUUCAAAGCAGGAAAAGUGAAGAUGGUCUUAAGUAGUCAGCAUCCAGGAUGAAGAUGCCAAUUUGUGGAGCUGUGAGCCCCUUCCUAGGCACAAGAGGAGGAAUCUUGUCGCUCCAGGGCUGCGCAUCUUAGGAGAGGCUGCAAUCAGUCCUUUCUAAUGGCACUUUAUUCUCUUCAUUUAGGUAAUAAACAUUUGUAACAGAAAAUAA